GAAGAAGAAGAAGAAGAAGAGGACGAAGACGAAGACGUAAACAUGUUUUCCUAUGACGAUGCCUUCAUUUGGUUUUCUGGAUAAAUUGGAAACAUUUUUUCGGACUGGAAGAUUUGAAGAAAACUCAUCUAAAAGUUUAAAAAAAGGAAUCAAAGCUGCCUGCAAAAGAUUUACCUACAAAGAUGGCCUUUUGUGGCGACCUUAUCGAGGUCGCCUUCUUCGUGUUGUCAGAAGUGACAGUGAAAUUCGAGAGAUCCUGACACGCUACCACGAUGAUAAUAACCAUGCUGGCCGAGAACGGGUUGUGAAAGAAAUUAUGCUGAUGUACUACUGGGUUGGAGUGACGGAGACUGUGAAGAAUUGGGUCAAAGCUUGCCCAGCUUGUCACAGCCGUGCUCCUCCUCAUUCUUCUCAACCAGCUGUUUAUUUUUGCCUGGUUUACGGAUGCGAUGCCUCCAGUUAUGCUUUCCCUGAACUCAGCUUCCACAGGUUUCCUGAAGAUGAGGCUAAGCGAAAGAAGUGGUUGCAGGUGGCUCAGAGGGAUGAAGCCUCAGUACGCACAAACUCUUACAUCUGCUCCAAACACUUUGAAAUGUCGUGCUUUACACUUACUGAAGAAGGUCAGCUGGUGCUGUCCCCAGAUGCUGAACCAACCAUAUUGCCGGUCCAUGGAAAUGAGGUGCCUCUCAAGUCAGGUGAAAAUUUAAGUUAUUCCAACACAUGGAAAGACAAACUUAAUGGAGCUACUGUGGCUGCUACUGCUGAAGUUGUGGACCACAGCCAUCAUUCCCUCAGUCUCUCCGAAGCAGCUUUACAGCUUCAGGAACAUCAAUACUGUUUGCCAGGCCCUGCCCCAGACUCCAGGGCUGCCAAGAUAAUGAACGAACACAGGAGGAGGACAGCUUUCGAGCCAGGCUUUAUGACUUACAACCAUAUUGCCAGGUACUUGAGUACCAGGGUCUUACCUAUGCAGGGUAAGAGAAGCAGAUCAGCUUUAAAAAGAAUGGCCAAGCGUUUUAGUCUAAUAGAUGGAGUGCUGAUGUACACAAGAGUGUCUCCGCCUCUCAGAGUGCCACGCAGUAGAGAGGAGGUAAAUUCAAUACUUCAGCAAUUCCAUGACAACCAGGGCCACUUUGGUCAGGGAAUCUGCCAGAGACAAAUCUCAAAGCACUACUAUUGGGGUAGCCUGAGUCGAGACCUGGCCAGCUGGAUCUCUAGCUGCCAAACGUGUGUUAACAGGUCUAAAAGGAAGAUGAUUCGCUGUAGUGUUUCCAAGUGCACCAACCGCUGUGGUCCAGUUGAGAGAAAACUCGGACUUAUUUUCCAUAGGUUUCCUCUUCAUAAUCUGCCCCUGCUGUCUCAGUGGCUGAAAGCUUGUGGCCGUGGUAAUUGGCAUCCUCGGCUCUGGUCUUCCAUUUGCUCAGCGCAUUUUACAGAGAAGUGCUAUGACAGCAGCAGCGAGAAUAUUACCCUCCUUCCAGAUGCAGUUCCCACACUUAACAUCCACUACGACUCAAAAGUUCAGGCAGAUGACUUGACCUUGACACCAGCUGGGGAGGAAGCUUUUUUUGCUAAGUACAAUGCAGUGGAGCUCUACAUCAGCAGACGCAUUUACCCUCCUGGAUUGACCUAUGUAGAGAAGAACACUUUCAGGAGAUUCUGCAAAAGAUAUGCUAUCAUAGAUGGCAAGCUGCAUGUGAUGUCAGGAGACCAGAUGCGCUUGGUCCUGAGGAGUAGGCAGCAGAUUGAAACUGCUCUUGUGGACUUUCACAAUGAACUUAACCACCUCAGUGUCAACAAGUGCCUCAGAUUGCUCAACGAAAGGUACUACUGGCAAACAAUGAAGCCUGAUGUGGUGCAGUGGAUCAACAACUGUUCUCAGUGCAGCCUGAAGAUAAUAAAAAAAAAAACAUGCCGUCGAGCAGAGACAGAAAGUGAUGAAUAUGGUGGCUGUGGGGAUUAUGCAUAUGACGGUGGUGAUAAUGAUGAUAAUAUUGAAAGUGGCUUGAGAGAUGGGAUUGUAGAGGAGGAGCAUACGCUGGAAUCCGUGGAGACAAUGUCUGUGGAAACACCUUCAAUUCCUUUGUCCUACAGUAUGCCUCCCACAAAUCUGAAGCCAAAAAUUCCGAUACUUAUCCAUCUAAGAACCUCAUCUCAACUUCAGGCCAAAGCAUCUAUCAUUCUUCAACCCAGGAUUCCCAACUCAACCCUUCUUCCCAGGGUCUGGCCGAAUAGAAUGACAACCUCUGUACAGUCUGACACAUUAAACAGCUCUGUGAUUCAAUCCAGUAAGCAGAGCUUGUCAAAGGAGCCACUUCAACCUGGAGAUCCCAAAGUAACAGUUAGAUCUGAAAACAAUAUUGAUGUGCCUAAUUUUAUUCAAGAGCAUGGCACAGCCCUACCUCUGAUUGAGCCACAUUUUCUUCCUAACCAAAUUCAAACUCUGAAUAACAAUUGUGGAAAAAAGACCAAAAAAUCAAGGGAUCUCCAGAGCCAGUACAUUGACAAGUGCCCAGUGAAGAGAAAGAGAAGAGUGCAGGGACACAGUUUCACACAGGGGAGCUCCAGCUGCGGUCUUGAGCCAGUUGUGGCCCCAAGUUCCAAACCAUGGCCUGUUUUCACUAUUGCCAACUCUGCACUGUCACAGGCAGCACACUUACCUCCUAAAGUGGAGAGCCCACUUGUGCUUCAGAAGUCCAAAAGGCUUCAGGCCCGAACCUUCAUCCAGCAGUGCAGCCAGGCGAAAGUGAAGGUCAGGCCAGCGGUAGAUGGUGCUGAUGCUGAGUGGGUCCAGGGGCAGCAGGAGAUCCAGGCAAUGAAGCAGCGAGCAAAACUUGAGGCACAGAUGAAGGCAGGAAACCCUGCAGCUAACAGAGGCCUAUUGAAGCUCAGAGGUGGCAGGAAAAUCCAGCAGCUGAAACAGGGAACAACCAGGCUGACAGACGUGAAGUGAGUGGAGACUGAAGACGAACCGGCAGUGAAGGGUUAGGGUUA